AUGGCGAAAGAGGAAGGACGGCGCUUGAAGCGCGGGCUUGCUCUUGUGCACCCGUCCAACCACUCGUACUAUAGAUUCCUGCUGGCUGAACUGGAGCGAUGGAGGCGAAUUGGCAACCGCCGCAAGGUUUCCUCUCUCAACUGGGCAGUCCAAGCGCUCGAGAGGUACCCUAUGCCCAUAUACAACACAGACAAUGCAAUCGUUUUGUCUGGAGUGGGGCAAAACACUACUAAGGCAUUCGAAAGGGCCAUCGAGAAAUACGGAGUACCCGUAGUCAACAGGACGCAAUGCGCUGCGUAUGUAGAAAAUGUGUUCAAUCGCAUCAGGUCGUUCAUCACGAACACGGAAUUCGAUGAUGAAACUGUGGCGGCAUCAAAGGAGUGGCGGCCGCAACGUUAUUCGAGCGCAUGGACGUUCAUCAUGGUGCUUGGGCUGUACGCUGAUGGCGACACUAAGCUCUCCGUUGAGACGAUAAUGCAGCGCUCAAAAGAGCUCACAGAACGCAUGCCCAAGUCUAGACUGACGAACCUAGACUUCAUACGUGUCCUGGUUGACAAGUCAAUCGUCGACUUCGUACACCCGGCGCAACAGGAUCAGGGCAAGGUGGAGUUCAAUUCGAAAAAACGGCGAUUCUACCUGUACGGACUAACACCGUGGGGGCAAACGUUGGCUGAAGAGAUCAUAUCUGGAUGCGAAGUACCCAUCUCAAACAGAAGGAUACAAGCAAAUGUUUUCUCACAGACACAACGGUCGCAACAGGUGCCGCCAGGUGUAUACGCACCUGUAUCGAAGAGUCAAGCCGAAAACGAGGAUGUUGUGGAUGUUACAGAUGAUCAGGAGCUUACGGAUAGCCUUAGUGAGUACUACAGUGAGUAUAUAAGCGACUCCGACGAAGACACAGACGGCAUUUUAAGUGGCAGGACGGGUAGUCUCAACCUCCCAGGAACUGACUCCCAGACAUUAUCGCAACGCAAGGAACAGUCCAAUGUGAAUCUCACACAAUCUGGUACGCAGCAAAAAGCAUUAGAACCAGUGCAUCUUGAUAUGCUCCUGGCGUACAAAUGCAAUGACCCCUCACAAUACGUGGGUGACGGAACUGUAGGAAAGCUAAAAAUCAAAAGUGAGCAUGCAAGCAACUCAAACAAUCGAUUUGAAGCUAGCGGAAUAGGAUCUAUAUCUGCAACUAGCCCAGGACCGACGACCGAGGUCUGCGUCAUUUCGGAUUCUACACCGAGCCUCGACAGCCUUUCGAAUACUGCAUCAUCAAUCAAAGAAUCAAUCAGCCGCGUGUAUUCGCAAUCAAGUAGUAGAGUGGGACGAGCAUCUCAGUUUGCAAGUUCGCAAGCAGGUACAGAACAAGUUCACACAAUGGCGGGGAAUUCGCAAACGAACGAGUUGCAUCUAAAUGGUGUAAAAUGUGAGACGCCGAAGAUAUCGAACACAAAAAUCGUUAAAAACGCCUUGAAAAGGCCGGUGGACGAAAAGGAUCUCAUCGUGGCUCCAAAAAUGGAGGGUGGUUCCGAAGGGUUCAGGACUCCGGAUGCAUCAAAUAGCGGUGACGAGGCUGAGUCAAAUGAGAAAGCUGAUGGUGAUACUAUUGGUAAUUCUGGGGAGUAUUUUAGUGCAAUACAUGGUGAAGAUUAUUCUGAAUACAGCGAUUCACCGUAUUCGGACGACUCUCUCGACAUCACUGACGUCACCUCUGACAGAUAUCGCAGACUCAUGGAAGACUACAACGGCGCUUCUCAGUGCUACAGCCAGAGCAGUGAACACUAUGUUGUUCCUAGUCAAGAAAUAGGAUCGCAGGUAGUCAGAGAUGAGAGGAACACAACAAACAGUGGCCUAGGGACUGUUGACAACGAAGGGGUACAACAUGAAAAGCAGCGGAAUGUACUGCCUGGAAAUGUGGAGAGCGAGGAUGUAUCCUCUAACAUCACAAAUCGUCGUUCACAACUUAUUGAUACGCCACUGGCUGUCCGACUGAUGCAGUCGCACGUUAAGCUGCCCGUGCCGGGCGCACAAGAGCCUAUCCAAAUAGACAGCUCAUCUCCUGAUCCCAUAGAUUCUCCCAUGCCGGCUCCGAAGGCAACGAUUCGUUCAUUGUUGCCUCCUUUGACAACCAGGUCAGGUUCCAUCUCGUCGAGGGAUGCAAUGUCUCCAUUAUGCAAGAGGAUACAAAGCAGGCAGGUAGCCGACAUACCAGAUGACCCUGAUGGCUAUGAGGUCGUCACCGUCGUUGACAACAGGGAAGUAAACGACGCUGAUGGAAGGUACAAAAGGAGAAUAGUGGACGUAUUCACUGCCGCUGGCAAGCCUCUGGUGUUCAGGCAACUGCCGCUGGGAGACGUCAUAUGGGUGCUUCGGCGCAAGAAUCAGGGGUCGGAGCCUGUCGGCCCUGAUGGAACUGCAGAAAACGCAUGUGAAGAGUCCAACAUAUCGCAGGAACAGGACUCUGGAGGAAAACGCGCAACUGCCGUCAACAGGUCUGGUAACAACCUGAACGCCAAUGCAGUUCCCAAAACAACCAAAACAAGGGCGAAGAGGCGCAAAGCAUCAAGGGCAAAUGAUCCACUCGCCGACAGCUUCGUCUUGGAGUGGGUGCUGGAACGCAAGACGACGGUCGACCUGGCAGCCAGCAUCACUGACGGCAGGUACGACGACCAGAAGAUACGGCUGCUCAGGCUCACAGGGUUCAAGCACGUCUGCUACGUGUUCGAAGACAUCGACGCGAGGGCAAUUGUCGGCAGGACCUACAUGCACAAGGGCGUCAAUGCAGCAGCUAUAACAUCGGCGCGCAUACGCACGCAAAUGGUCACGGGGUUCAACGUGCUCAGAACGACGGGUAUGCCGCACACAGCUGCAAGCAUACUGGCAAUGCACCGGCACAUCGAACGCCGCACGUACGAAUACAUGAGAGAAGCAAACACGACGUCCGGCGAGUUCCUCAAACUGUGGAUACAAACCAGGUACAUGACACUCGCGCAGUGGGACGUCAGGAAUCGCAAACGAAACCAAGUGACGUUCCGUGAUGUCUUCGGGAAGCAGCUUAGAGCCAUACCGGGGUGCAGCGAAGCCACCACAGAGGCUAUGCUCCAGGCUUGGCCGACACCUUACGCGUUCGCGAACGCCAUCAGCAACUCAAACCUCGCCCACAUCAACGAGACGCUCACCAAGUACAGGAAGAAGGCGAAACGAGCUCCCGUCAACAGCAAGUUGUACGCGCUCUGCAGAGCGCUUUACUGCAAGAAGAAGCCACGGCAGCGGCGCGAUCAGCACAAGUAG